UUUCAUUAUUCCAUAUCAAAAUCAAGUUAACAAUAGCUUACACUUACACACAAACUCAACAUAUCUAUAUCUCCCUCAUUAUAUAUAUCUCUUUCUUUAUGACUCACAAGAGUUUGGUUCAACUUCAACCCUAAACAAGAAAAGAUUUGGCAAAACUAAGGCAACAAAAUAGAGAGAGAUGGAUUAUUGUGGAGGAAAGAUUGGUGGAAAUGAAAGAAGUGGGCCUUGUGGUGCUUGCAAGUUUUUGAGGAGAAAGUGUGUGAAAGGUUGCAUAUUUGCACCAUAUUUUGACUCGGACCAAGGAACGGUUCAUUUUGCAGCGGUUCACAAAGUAUUUGGUGCUAGCAAUGCCUCUAAGCUACUCAUGCGUAUUCCAUCUCAUAAGAGACUUGAUGCUGUUGUUACUCUUUGCUAUGAAGCUCUUGCUAGGUCUAGAGACCCUCUUUAUGGUUGUGUUGGUCACAUCUUUGCACUUCAACAACAGGUUAUGAGCUUGCAGGCAGAGUUGACCUAUGUUCAACACAGCCUUGCAACAAUGCAACGCCUCCCAAUUUCAGUAGCUCCAUCUCUUCCAAACCCUCAAAGCUCAUCGCCGAGUCUUCAUUCCUCCUCGUCCCAUCAGUUGGGAACAAAUGCAGAUUUGCAGAGUGCCUCUAACAUGUCCAUGCAUUUUGAUCCUUUUCAACAACUUUCAACAUCAUUGGACUCGAGCAGUUUCUUCAAUCAAUCAGAUCAACAACCUCAGGAUGAGGAACUCCAAGCUUUGGCUCGAGAAUUUGUCUCUAGGUACUUGCCUGGAGUAAGAUUCCAGCCAUCUAAUUCUCACUGAGGUUUCUUUCUUGUCAUUUUUCUUGCAUUUUAAUGGCAUUGUAUUUUUUUUUUUUUUUUGUCUAAUGAAAUUAUAACUUCACUUAAUUUCCUGAGCCUGUUACUAAUUGUACCUGAACAAUUUGUACUAAUUUCAAAAAGAAUUAUGUAACCAACAUUUAGCCCUUUGGCAAAGAAAUUUUCCAUUUCCUUUUAUUAUUGGUAA